UACCGACCGUCUUUAUACGAUUAGAACGUUUAUUACGCCUUUUUAAUCCUUAGCGAGUUAAUUAUUAUGAUCCUAAUAAAAUACCUCCAGACUUAAAUUUUCGUGCGUUAAGUAAAUAUUUAUAUAUUUAGAGGUUUAUGUGCAGUAUGUAAGUCCUCGGUAAUAUAUUUAUUGGUGUGAAAAUGGAAAUCAAAAUGGCUGUUAAAGUUUUAUUCACAGUGCUGAUGAUAGCACAUUAUGCUUUAUCAGAUCAAGUUGCUGUUGGUGGUAUUUUCUAUAGUGACGACGAAGACCUAAAAGUUGCGAUGACUGUAAGUGCAAAAUUAUUUAACUAUACCGCUCUCGUAAAAGAGGUCAGUAAAAGAGGCGACAUUCUUGAAAUAACUGGUCACGUCUGUGAUCUAGCUGGAAAGGGCGUAAUUGGAAUUAUAGACGGAUUGGGCGGUAAGGCAACUGAACACUUACAGGGUCUGUGCGAUAUUUUAGAACUUCCACUAAUAGAAAUUCAACACAAUGAUUUAUAUAUGGGUAACUGGUCGCUCAUCAACUUAUAUCCAAGCCCGGUAGCAUUUAAUAUGGUUUUAGAACAAUUAAUUCUAAAAAAAGAAUGGUAUAAUUUUACAUUACUCUAUGUUAAAGGACACAGCACGACAAAAGUUCAGAGUUUGAUGCAAAUGGGUCAACCGUCAGACAGGGUCACGGUGACGGUACGUGAAUUAAGUGGCAAAGACUAUCGGGAUGUAUUAAUAAAAACAAAAGAAAGUGGUCAUACAAAUUUCGUAGUGGACUGUCCUUCUGAAAACUUAGAACAAAUACUGAAACACGCUCAGCAUGUUGGUCUGAUGGCGGACGAGCAUUCUUACGUCUUUGCUUCACCCGACUUAUUUACUUUGGACCUUCAUCGAUAUAGAUACGGCGGUGUUAAUAUGACUGGCUUCCAGCUAAUAAAUCUGAAUAGUCCCAAUCUGUUGGAUGAAUUCCUGUCUUCUUAUAAUGAAGAAUCAGGAAACAUGUUGUCACCAGAAAGUUUAAGAAGUAAAGUCGUACUCAUUUAUGACGCUAUUUUCAUGCUUUACCAAGCUGUAUCCAAAAUUAACAUAAAAUCUGUUAUCGUAAAACCUAUGAGUCUUGAUUGUGAAAAAUAUGAAUCUUGGAUAUAUGGUUCUACAUUGCUCAAUGUUAUGAAAACGAACAAAAUUGAAGGUAUAACUAGAAAUAUAAUUUUUGAUGGUUUUGGUCAGAGGAAUAACGUUACAAUGGACAUUUUAGAGUUAACAUCGGCCGGAAAUCAAACUAUAGCAACGUGGCAUAACGACGAACUAACAAUAACCCGGUCAUAUACAUCUGCCGCUGACAUAACAGAAGAAACAAUUAUGAAGAACAAAACAUUUAAAGUGCUUAUUUCUAAGACCGCCCCAUACGGAUAUGAAAAGAAAUCUCCCGACCACUUAGAAGGAAACAAUCGUUACGAGGGCUUCACGAUAGAUCUAAUUGAAAAAAUCGCUGAAAUGUUAGGUUUCAAUUAUGAGUUUGAACUUGAAGCGGACUACGGUGGCAUAGAUACAGUCACUCACAAAUGGACUGGCAUGGUAUUAAAACUAAUGGAAGAGAAGGCGGAUUUCGCUAUAUGCGAUUUUACGAUAACAGCUGAGAGGCAAAGUGGAAUUGAUUUCUCCACACCAUUUAUGACUUUAGGUAUCGGUAUCCUGUACAAAGAACCUAGUAAGCAGCCUCCUGAAAUGUUUUCUUUUAUGGCCGUGUUUUCUAAGGAGGUAUGGUAUUACAUGAUGUUUGUGCAAAUGGGAUUAGGAGUGCUUAUGAUAUUCGUCGGGCGUAUCUCACAUAAAGAAUGGCAGAAUCCAGUCCCUUGUAUAGAACAACCAGAAGAGUUAACCAAUCAGUUCAGCUUUGCGAACUCGGUGUGGCUCAUUAUUGGAUCUGUAAUGCAACAGGGCUCUGAAAUUGCGCCAAUUGCUUUAGGUCCUCGUAUCAUAACUAGUGUGUGGUGGUUUUUUACGAUGGUGAUGGUCGCUUCAUACGUGGGUACACUUGUUGCCUUUCUAAUUGUGGAAAAAGAUGUUCUGCCCUUUAAAAACGUUAAGGAAUUGGCCGAACAUAAAUCUAUAUCUUAUGGAGCCAAGAGCAGAGGAUCUACUAUUGAAUUUUUCAAGAAGUCUACCGUGCCUGAAUACCAGAAAAUGUACGAGAAAAUGAAAAAAAAUGGUUGGCUGGUAAACGACAAUGAUAUAGGAGUAAAAUUGGCUGAAACGAAGCCAUACGCGUUUUUCAUGGAAUCUACUUCUAUUGAAUACACCACACAACGACACUGCGAUUUAAUUCAAAUUGGUGGUUUGCUUGACUCGAAGGGUUAUGGUAUUGGUAUGAAAAAAGGUUCUCCAUACAAAGUUUAUAUAGAUGAAGCUUUACUCAAACUUAAAGAAAAUGGUGACAUACAGAAAUUAAAAGAUUUAUGGUGGAAGGAAAAAAUGGGCGGUGGAAAAUGUGGCGACAAGAGAAAUGAAGAGCCAAAGCAACUGGGAAUGAGAAAUAUGUUAGGAGCAUUCGUAGUACUCGGUGUAGGAUGCUUGCUCGGUAUACUCAUCUCUACACUUGAUAUGUUGUGGGGAAUUUUCAAGAAAUCUGUUAAGUACAAUACAACAUUCAAGUACGAGUUGAUUGAAGAGCUAAAGUUUGCGCUCAAAUUUAGUGGUGAUAUCAAACCAGUCAAGAGACCUCCUAAAUCCGGUGGCAGCACUGAACCAUUUACUGAUAUGGAAGGAAAAGACGAAAUCACUUCACUACGAUCAAUUCGUUCUGGAAGAUCAACUGACACCCAUAGAACCAACCAUUCACAUAAAUCAAGGCAUUCCUCUAGAGAACUCAGUGUCGCUUUUGCUAGACGCCGGGAAUAUUCCUAAAAUUUCAAUCGAUCAAUCAUCAAUCAACGCUUUUUUUAACAGUAUCUUUUACAUUUAUAACCAUUGCUCUUUUUAUGUGCCAUAAUGUGAUAUGUUGUACCAUAUAAAUACACAUAAGCUCCUUAUCAAGUUCCUCGAGCGACCUAUUACAAAAUAAAUUAUUUCAGUAAAUUCCAGAAUAUUUUCAGGAUUUAUUUUAUGUAUUUUAUAAUAUUUUUGUUACUUGCACUAUUAUUUUUUAAGCUGUUUUAUCAUUAGUUGCUCUAUAUCUAUAUUCCAGUACACUCGCACAUGAUAUAAACUAGAAUUAAUAAUAUAUACAUGCAUUUGUCUUAGACGCAAUAAAUGUAUUACCAAUAAAUAUUAAUAAAUAAUUUAUUAACGUC